AUGCCUGCCACCGUUCUCAUUGCUGGUGCCACCGGUCUCAUCGGUGCCUCUGUCCUCCAGACGAUCUCCAAGGACUCGAAGUACGACAUCACCGCCCUCGUCCGUUCUGAGGACAAGGCGAAGAAGGUCGCCGAGAUCACUGGCGUCAAGACCAUCGUCGGCUCGCUCGAGGACACCGAGCUCCUGACUAACAAGGCUGCCGAGUUCGACGUCAUCACCAAGGACACCGACGCUGACCUUGUCGAGACGUACAACGGCCUUCCCCACAACCCGCCCGCCAAGGCUGUCGUCGACGCCGGCGCUGCUGGCUGCGUCAAGACGUUCACGGUCUACCCGCCCACCGUCUGGGGUGCUCCCUCUGGUCCUCUGUUCGAGGCCGGCAUCGCGCACGUCGGCUCGAUCCAGCUUCCUCUCUCGAUCAAGACCUCGAUCGGCCGUGGCCAGGGUGGUGUUGUCGGCGAGGGUCUCAGCGUCUGGAACCACGCACACGUUGACGACACUGCUUCCUUCUACGUGACGCUCCUCGGCAAGGCCGUUGACGGCUCUGCCCCCUCCGGCGCCAAGGAUGGUCACUACAUCAUCGAGAACGGCGAGUACCAGUACAAGAAGCUCGCGGAGACCUACACCAAGGCCCUCCACGCCGCCGGCAAGUCCGCCUCGCCCGAGCCGACCAAGUUCGAGCAGAAGGAGUUCGAGGCCAUCGGCUUCCUCUUCAUCCUCGGCACCAACUCGACGACCGCUGGCCCCCGCGCACGCUCGCUCGGCUGGACGCCGAAGUACUCCACCGACGACUUCUAUGCCUGGGUGCCCAAGGAGGUCGACGCUGCCAUCGCUGGCAAGCUCGCGGGCGGUGUCUACUAA